AUCUUGUGAUUUAAUAAUGAUUUGAGCUGCCGUGAGUGCAACAUAAAAGGUUGUGUGCGCAUCCUAUGAAUGCAGAGGCCAAGGAGAGAUCCCUAGCUUGACUAGAUGAUGAAGUAAACUGAAAUAGUUUCCCGGCACCUAGGAAUUUCAGUAAAAAAAAAAGCAUCAGCUAUUUAAGUAUAUGUGCUGAAGAUCUCGUCACCGGCCAUUUCCAACAUAAGAUUUCUCAGUACCCAGGUGGCCGAAUCACUCGCAGGCCGGCGCCGACCCUUCCGCGAUUCAACGUGCACCGUUGACGUCUCCCUACUUAACUAGCAUGACAUUAACAACUUUCAGCUGGAUAGAAACCAUGAGCAAUCUUGUACUACUGGUGUCCAUGCAGCUACUCCUUGCACUUGCAGCCAUCUCCCACACGGCUGUGGCGGCGGCGGGCAACGCCACCACUACGAGCCCGGGCCGGAGCCGGAACACGACGGCGCUGCUGCCCCCGUUCGGCGCGAACCACACCGUCGGCGAUGGCGCCGGGUGGUUCUUUGACGGCAAGGCGAACGCCUUGGCGGCCAAUUACUCAGCCUGGGCUGCCAACCGCACCUUCUACCUCGGCGACUACCUCAUCUUCAAGACCAGGAUGGACAACACGGUGGUGCACACGACCAACGUCACGACGUACAGGCUCUGUGGCGGCGGCGGAAGCGGUGGUGACGGCGGGUGGAAGGCGGAGGAGGCGUUCGUUACAGUGAUGCUAGAUGCGGAGGGCGUCAACUACUUCUUCUCGGACGCCGGCCAAGGAGAGCACUGCCGGAAGGGGAUGCGGUUCAACGUCACUGUUGCACAUGGCCACGGUCCCCCGUCAGUGCCGCCAUCGUACUAUGAGCCGCUCUCCGGCGCGACGGCGGCUUGGAUUGGGAAGUCUAUGUGGGUUGCCAUGAGUGCUGCUGCAUUAUUGGUGCUGUGAGAAUCUGCCUUUUUUUUGGGACUAUGAAAGCUGAAGUUAAUUCAAAACUACUUACUUAUGUUUUUAAUGGAACUACCUCCGUUUUCAAAUACAAACUGUUAUGGUCUUUACCUUAA